CAUCUAUCUAGAUGGAGUCUAGAAAGAACACUUUAUUUUACUCUUCAUAUCUUUGAGAGAAGAGGAAGAAAAGAAAUGAUGAAGAAGAAAAGUAAAGUGUUGAUCUUCUUCUUCACUCUAAUUUUGCUUUUAAGCAUGGCUUCAAGUGUUGUUCCAAGAGAAAAUGGUUUUGCUCCUCCUAAACCAUCUCCAUCUUCCUCCUCCACACCUGAGAAAGAAAGAAGUGGGAAAGGUGAUGGAGAUGGAUUAGAAUGCAAGAGUUCAGACAGUGAAGAAGAAUGUCUUGUUAAAAAAACGGUAGCUGCUCACACUGAUUACAUCUAUACACAAGACAUAAACCUAUCUCCUUGAAACAGAACAAUUACCUUUUGUCUUUUAUUUAGCACAAACUAUAAGCAUAAGCAAAGUCGUAUUGACAAUGUGCUCAUAACGUCAUGU